AUGGUAAAAUUGCUAAUCCCCAUGUAUCCACCUCAGUCAUCGCCGGUAAUUGACAUGAAUUCCACUCUCUCUCAAUCGCCAUCGCCGUCGGACUCCAGCGAUUUCGACACCUCAUGGUACGGAAACAUCCAGUACCUUAUUAACAUCUCCGCCAUCGGGGCCCUAACCUGCCUCUUCAUAUUCAUCUUUGUCAAGGUCCGAAGCGACCACCGCCGUAUGCCGGGGCCCACAGCCAUAGUUGCCAAGCUUCUGGCCGCCUGGCACGCCACCGGCCGUGAGAUCGCCCGCCACUGUGGUGCCGACGCCGCCCAGUUCCUCCUAAUUGAGGGUGGCAGCUCCGCCGUCCUCAUCUCCAUUGCCAUCCCUGCCAUUUUUCUCAUUCUUCCUCUCAAUAUUUACGCCGGGACCGCUUCGAUUGCCGAUCAGUUCUCGAAAACAACGAUAAAUCACAUCGUAAAAGGUUCGGCUUUGCUUUGGAUUCAUUUCUUGUUUGCUGUUGUAGUUGUUGUUUUGGUGCAUUUUGGUAUGAAUGCCAUUGAACAAAGGUUGAGAAUUACUAGGUUUAGAGAUGGGUAUGGAAAUCCUAGUGACCCUAGUGGGAAUUCUACAGCAAUUUUUACUAUAAUGGUGCAGGGGAUACCGAAAAAUAUAGGGUUUGAUAAAGGCCCUUUGGUGGAGUAUUUUCAACAUAAGUAUCCAGGGAAAGUUUUUCGGGUGGUUGUGCCAAUGGAUUUGUGUGCUUUGGAUGAUUUGGUUACAGAGUUGGUGAAGAUUAGGGAGGAUAUUUCUAAGUUGGUGGCGAUAAUUGAGGCGCGGGUUGGGAUGGAAGGUGAGGAUCAUGAGGACAGAAGAGAAGAGGGGGGGUUGUGGGACAGGGUGCAUUGCUUGUGGAGUAGAGUGAAGGAUUUGUGGAAUCAGGUUGUUGAUGAGUUGGGCAUUUCGGAUGAAGAAAGAUUAAGAAAAUUGCAAGAGCGGAGAGCUGAUUUAGAGAUGGAAAUGGCAGAUUACAAAGAAGGGCGAGCAAAGGGUGCUGGAGUUGCCUUUGUGGUGUUUAAGGAUGUGUACACAGCCAAUAAGGCAGUUCAGGAUUUCCGGAAUGAGAAGAAGAGGCGCAUAGGGAAGUUCUUUUCUAUUAUGGAGUUGCAGCUACAGAGGAACCAAUGGAAAGUUGAGAGAGCUCCAUUGGCAAGUGACAUAUAUUGGAAUCAUUUGGGAUCAACAAAGUUUUCUCUAAGACUGCGGAGAGUGUUUGUAAACUCCUGCUUGCUAGUGAUGCUUUUGUUCUGCAGUUCUCCUCUCGCCGUGAUCAGUGCCAUACAGAGUGCAGCACGGAUCAUCAAUGCAGAAGCAAUGGAUAGUGCUCAGGUGUGGUUGGCUUGGGUGCAAAGCUCUAGCUGGCUUGCAACCAUAAUUUUUCAGUUCCUGCCUAAUGUUCUUAUUUUUGUGAGCAUGUACAUAGUGGUUCCAUCAGCUCUUUCUUAUCUCUCCAAGUUUGAACGGCAUCUUACUGUGUCUGGGGAGCAAAGAGCUGCACUGCUGAAGAUGGUCUGUUUCUUUCUGGUAAAUCUCAUUCUCUUGAGAGCUCUGGUUGAAUCAUCACUUGAGAGUGCAAUCCUAAAGAUGGGUCGAUGUUAUUUGGAUGGAGAAGAUUGCAAACGGAUUCAGCAAUACAUGAGUGCUUCAUUCCUGUCAAAAUCGUGUCUUUCGUCUCUCGCAUUUCUAAUCACAAGCACUUUUUUGGGAAUAUCUUUUGACCUUUUGGCUCCAAUACCUUGGAUAAAAAAGAAUCUUCAGAAGUUUCGGAAGCAUGACAUGCUUCAGCUGGUACCAGAGCAAAGCGAGGGCUACGCAUUAGAAAGUCAGGAUGUGGAGGGCCUACAGAGACCUCUGAUCCCUGAAGGAGCAUCUGAAAAUGGAUCGUCACAUGGUUNGCAUGACAUGCUUCAGCUGGUACCAGAGCAAAGCGAGGGCUACGCAUUAGAAAGUCAGGAUGUGGAGGCCCUACAGAGACCUCUGAUCCCUGAAGGAGCAUCUGAAAAUGGAUCGUCACAUGGUUCCUUACUCAAUGCAAUUGAUUUACCAGGACAAGAUCUUUCAGAUUAUCCAAUCAGCCGAACCUCACCCGUACCCAAGCAGACAUUUGAUUNUUCCUUACUCAAUGCAAUUGAUUUACCAGGACAAGAUCUUUCAGAUUAUCCAAUCAGCCGAACCUCACCCGUACCCAAGCAGACAUUUGAUUUUGCACAAUAUUAUGCAUUCGAUCUCACAAUAUUCGCCUUGACCUUGAUAUAUUCUUCAUUUGCUCCUCUUGUUGUCCCUGUUGGUGCAAUUUAUUUUGGGUAUAGGUACGUCGUUGAUAAAUACAACUUCCUAUUUGUAUACAGAGUUAGAGGUUUUCCUGCUGGAAAUGAUGGGAGGCUGAUGGACACAGUAUUGUGUAUUAUGCGGUUCUGCGUUGAUUUGUUCCUCCUUUCAAUGCUCUUGUUCUUUUCAGUCCAAGGAGACUCCACAAAGCUGCAAGCAAUAUUCACUCUUGGGUUGUUAGUGAUGUAUAAACUUCUUCCUUCUGAUAAUGAUGCUUUCCAGCCAGCCCUAUUGCAAGGCAUACAGUCUGUUGACAAUCUUAUAGAUGGACCUAUAGAUUAUGAGGUUUUCUCACAGCCCGCAUUUGAAUGGGAUACAUAA